AUGGCCCCUCCCAGUAAAUUGUGGAAAACAUUUACUAAAAUAAACCAAAUAUUGGCUAAGUGUAACUUAUGCAACACAAUCAUAAAAACCAGUGGAAAUACGUCAAAUCUUAAAGCACAUCUCGAAAAGCAUACCAAGAAGAACGUGGAUGAAACCGAAGGCACAACCAAGAAAAAACAGGUUGCGAUUUCAAGCUUUGUGUCUUGUAGCCAAAAUAGUAGCCAGGUCCAGGAAUACGGAAAACGAAAAAAAUCUAGUUUGGACAAUGUGGUUGAUGAUCCAGACGAUCCAGAUGAGAUUUGUAGCGUCACAAGUGAUACACAUGGACAUGGUGUUGUUGCUGAACCGUCAAGCAUAUGUAUUCCUAAACAACAAAAUAUUGACAAAAUGUUUGGCCAGAUAUCAUCAAUAGCUGUUGGCGGUUCCCAAUAUCACCGUAUAAAUGAAUCAAUUGCUUAUUAUAUCUGUAAAGAUAAUAAGCCAUUUUCUACUGUUGAGGGAAAGGGAUUUCUUCAUAUGAUGAAACAAGUAUGUCCAUUAUACAAAGUUCCCUCAAGAAAUACAAUGAAAAAUAUUAUAGACCAAAAGUAUUCCAUUGUUGAAACGCGAUUUCGUUUAGCAUUGCAAGAUAUUAAUUAUUUUUCACUGACAACUGAUAUUUGGACUGAUACCCAACAGAUGAAGAGUUUUCUUGGUUUAACUAUACAUUUUUUGGAAAACCAAUCUUUACAAUCUGGUACUUUUGGAGUCAUUGAACUUAAUCAAUCACACACUGCCGAGUACAUAUCCAGAGAAAUAUCAAAUUGUUUAAUUAGAUGGAGUGUUGACAAAUCAAAAAUUGUAGGAAUUACUAGCGAUAAUGGGGCAAACAUGGUGAAAGCAGCUAAAGAAUUAUUUGGUGUUGAAAAACACAUUCCAUGUUUUGCACACACAAUCAAUCUUGUGGUUGAAAACAUAAUAAAAAACACUGAUUCGUUAUUAAAUCUCUUAUCAAAAGUGCGAGAAGUUGUAAAAUAUUUUAAACGCAGUACACAUGCUAGUGAUCAGCUUAGGAAAAGGCAAAUUGACGAAGAAUUGUCUUCAUUAAUAUCUGAUAUAUUACUACAUCGUCCAUCUGCACCUUCAAUGCCUUCCGCCAUCAACCUUCAAGAACUUCAAGGUGUCCUAGUAGUACUGCGACCAUUUGAAAACGUUACUUUAGAGAUGUCAUCGCAACGUAAUGUGACUAUUAGCAAAGUGCUUCCACUUGUGAGUUGCUUAAAUAAUAGCAUAACUUCGUACACACCUGAUACUGAAUUGGGGUCAAAAUUAAAAGAUGUAGCAGUUGCUGAAUUAAACAAAAGAUUUGGGAAUAUUGAAAAAUUCUAUUCAUUUCCUAUUGCUACAUUACUUGAUCCUAGAUUUAAGAACCUUCAUUUCAAAGAUCCUGAUGAUUGUUCCAAAGCUAUUACAAAGUUAAAAAAAUUACGCAUCAAAAAUCAAAAAAAAAAAUCAUCAAAAUCAACAUCUAUAAAUCAGGAAUCAGCAUCAGACCAAAUGGUUAUGCAAUACUUAGGAACACCGGUUAUAAAUCUCUCCCAAGAUCCUAUUGAAACAUGGGAAGAAAUGAAAAUGGUGUACCCACAACUGUACAACGAAAGUCAGAAAAUGUUCUGUAUUUUGGCGACAUCAGUUCCAUCAGAAAGGUUGUUCUCUAAGGCUGGAGCCACGUUAUCAAAAGAAUGCAACAGGUUGUUGGGAAAAAGGCUGUCAAAAUUACUAUUCUUAAACUCAAUUGAUGAUAAAUACUGGUUUUGA